AUGCGUAGUACAAAACUCGGAUGGAAAUUAGAUGAUGAAAGACGACGAAAACGACCGCAUUCUACUAAUCAUUCUUUACAUGGAUAUCGUGGAACAGAUUCUCAACAAGAUUAUGCUCUAGGAUUAUGUGGUUACAUUCUACUUGGUUUAUCAUAUGUGCUUCUUUGUUUAACAUUUCCAUUUUCCUUAACAGUAUGUUUAAAAGUUGUUCAAGAGUAUGAACGUGCCGUCAUGUUUCGUUUGGGUAGGAUACUUGGGGGUGCCAAGGGUCCAGGAUUAUUUUUGAUUGUGCCAUGCGUUGAUACAUAUACCAAAGUGGAUCUGCGCACAGUAACAUUUGAUGGUAGGUCUGCCCCCCCAAGAAUUGAUGCUGUUGUCUAUUUUCGAGUAUUUGAUCCCGUUAUAUCGAUAACUAAUGUGGAAGGUACAAAGUCAUUGCAAGAAAUUUUGUCUGAUAGAGAAUCAAUUGCUCAAACUAUGCAGGCAGCUCUUGAUGAGGGCACAGAAUGUUGGGGUGUACGCGUAGAACGAGUAGAAGUAAAAGAUGUGAGACUACCAGUUCAACUUCAACGUGCUAUGGCCGCAGAAGCUGAAGCGGCGAGAGAGGCUCGAGCAAAAGUGAUUGCUGCAGAAGGAGAACAAAAAGCAUCGCGAGCUUUGAAAGAAGCAGCGGAUGUUAUUAUGCAAUCACCGACCGCCUUACAGCUGCGCUAUUUACAAACUUUAACAACCAUUGCUAGCGAAAAAAACAGUACUAUUGUGUUUCCUAUACCAGUAGAACUUAUGCACGCUGCGAUAUCAAGAUUUUGA